AUGGGCCGCUCGGGCUGGCUGCUGCUGUGGCUCGGAGCCGCGGGAAUCCCGGACCCGGAUCGUGUCGCUUGGGAAGGAGGGACAGGCCCUGGGGUCUCAGCGCCGCCUGUGGGCGGGACCGCCAAGCUAAGUGGAGGAAAGGAUGGGGUGCCUGCAGGACUGAGGUCAGUGCGGCCCCCAAGUCAUCCACUGGGAAGGGCUCUCCAGGGGAGAAACUUGCGGUAUCAGUGGGCAUCUUGCGGAGCCUCGGCGACCAGAGCUGCGUCUUGGCCGGCUUCCAAGCGCUGGAGUGCGCUGGCUAGGUGGGGUCGGGGGCGUGGCCGCAAGAGGCAAGGGCUGGCUGUCGAGAGGUUCUAUUUUCCGUCUUCCAUUAACAUCCUGCCCCCUCUCCCAACCCUGCUGUCUCCCCGUCACCUUUCAGGCACAAUUCUCUGCUCCAGCUCGGAAUCCCAGGGGCCUUUUCUGCCAUCCUCGCUCCUGCCGCUGCCAGCUCCAAGCCCCCGGGUCCCGAAUGUCACGGCCCCACUUACCGGCUCGGAGCCAGCCUCUCCCCUAAUUCAUCGAGGCACCCACGGGCCCUGGCGGUUCUCCACCUGCGGGGCCAGUGGUCCGCGCGGGCCCACACAAACACAGUGCGACGGGGCCUACGCCGGCAGCAGCGUGGUGGUGACAGUGGGGGCCGCCGGGCCUCUGAGAGGAGUGCAGUUGUGGCGGUCGCCCGGCCCCGGCCAGUACCUGAUCUCAGCCUACGGCGCGGCGGGCGGCACAGGCGCCAGAAACCACCUGUCGCGGGCGCACGGCGUCUUCAUCUCGGCCGUGUGCUCCCUUCGUGGUGGGGAGCCGCUUUACAUCCUCGUGGGGCAGCAGGGAGAGGACGCCUGUCCGGGAGGGAGCCCGGAGAGCCGGCUCGUCUGCCUAGGAGAGUCUCGGGCUGCUGAGGAGCACGUGGCGACGGAUGGGACCGAAGGGGUCCCGGGGUCGCGGCACUGGGCGGGAGGCGGCGGGGGUGGCGGGGGCGCCACCUACGUCUUUCGGCUGCGCGCCGGCGAGCUGGAGCCGCUGCUCGUGGCGGCCGGAGGAGGCGGGCGGGCCUACCUGAGGCGGCAGGACCGGGGCCGGACGCAGGCAGCCCCGGAGAAACUGGAGAACCGCUCGGCGGCGCCCGGGAGCAGCGGGAGAAGCGGGGCGGCAGGUGGAGGCGGCGGCUGGACGUCGCGGGCCCCCUCUCCGCAGGCCGGCCGCUCCCUGCGGGAGGGGGCCGAGGGCGGCCAGGGCUGCGCAGAGGCCUGGGCUACGCUGGGCUGGGCAGCGGCCGGAGGCUUCGGGGGCGGCGGCGGGGCCUGCACUGCGGGCGGUGGCGGCGGCGGCUACCGGGGGGGUGAUGCCUCAGAGACUGACAUCCUCUGGGCUGAUGGGGAAGAUGGGGUGUCCUACAUACACCCCAGCAAUGAGCUCUACCUGCAGCCUCUGGCAGUCACGGAGAACCACGGAGAGGUGGAGAUCCGCCAGCACUUCAACUGCAGUCACUGCCUUCUGAAAGACUGCCAAUGGCAGGGGGAGCUCCAGUGGGCCGAAUGCAUGUGCCCAGAGGGCAUGGAGCUGGCUGCAGAUAACAUCACCUGCAUGGACCUGCCCACCCCACCAGGCCCUCUGGUUCUGAUGGUGGCUGUGGUGGUGACCUUGACACUGAGCCUCCUUAUGGUGUGUGUGGUCCUGAUUCUGGUGAACCAUCAGAAGUGGCAGGGCCUAUGGGGGACGAGGCUGCCAGGCCCUGAGCUCAUGGAGCUGAGCAAGCUUCGAACCUCCACCAUCAAGACAGCCCCCAACCCCUACUACUGCCAGCUGGGGCUUGGCCCGGCCCAGUCCUGGCCUCUGCCCCCAGGGCUUACCGAAGUUUCCCCAGCCAAUGUCACUCUGUUCAGAGCCCUGGGCCAUGGUGCCUUUGGAGAAGUCUAUGAGGGACUGGUAACUGGCCUUCCUGGGGACCCCAACCCCCUGCAGGUGGCUAUCAAGACUCUGCCAGAACUCUGCUCUCCUCAGGACGAGCUGGAUUUCCUCAUGGAGGCACUCAUCAUUAGCAAGUUCAGCCAUCAGAACAUUGUGCGCUGUGUGGGGCUCAGCCUCCGGGCUGCCCCUCGCCUAAUUCUGCUGGAGCUGAUGUCUGGAGGGGACAUGAAGAGUUUCCUGAGGCGCAGUCGGCCGCACCUGGACCAGCCGUCACCUCUGGCCAUGCAGGAUCUGCUCCAGCUGGCCCAGGACAUAGCCCAGGGCUGCCACUACCUGGAAGAAAAUCACUUCAUCCACAGGGACAUUGCUGCCCGGAACUGCCUACUGAGCUGCACAGGACACGGUCGAGUGGCCAAGAUUGGGGACUUUGGGAUGGCAAGAGAUAUCUACAGAGCCAGUUAUUACCGAAAGGGGGGCCGGGCUCUGCUGCCUGUCAAGUGGAUGCCCCCAGAGGCCUUCCUGGAGGGCAUCUUCACAUCCAAGACGGACUCCUGGUCUUUUGGGGUGCUGCUCUGGGAGAUCUUCUCACUGGGCUACAUGCCCUACCCUGGGCGCACCAACCAGGAAGUGUUGGACUUCGUUGUCGGAGGGGGACGGAUGGACCCUCCCAGGGGCUGUCCAGGGCCUGUGUACCGUAUCAUGACCCAGUGUUGGCAGCACCAGCCUGAGCUCCGCCCCAGUUUUGCCAGCAUCCUGGAGCGCCUUCAGUACUGCACUCAGGACCCUGAUGUGCUGAAUUCACCCCUGCCAAUGGAGCUUGGGCCCACCCUGGAGGAGGAAGGAGCUUCUGGACUGGGGAGCAGGUCUUUGGAGGGCUUACGAUCCCCACAGACCCAGGAACUGAGUCUGGAGAGCUUGAAGAGCUGGGGAGGGAGCCUCCUUGGCCCCUGGCUGCCCUCUGGCCUCAAGCCCUCCAAAAUCAGGGGCCUCCAACUACAGAACCUUUGGAAUCCCACCUAUGGCUCCUGGGCCCCAAGGGGCCCUGAGGGUGAGGACUCAGGCAUUGACGGUAGCAACAGUUCCUCUCUGCACUCCUCAGGCUUCUAGGUGGCUUCUUAUUUCAGUAGCCUCUGUCCCCUGCAGUCUGUGCUGCAUGUCUGGGCCUGUCUCAGGGCUGGCCUGGCACCACUGGAAUCUUCAUCCUGGUAACCAGCCCCAGGCCUCCUGCCGAAGAGCUUGGCCACCCCCAGACUUUGAUCUUGGUGACUAGAGGCCACCCCCCUGCUCCAGGUGUGGGCAGGGAGUUGAAAUUGCCUCCUGCAGGAAGCCAGCCUCUGGACUGCCCUUUCCUCAUGAGAGUCCUUCGCCUGGGCAGCCCCCAGCCCUACAGAUGCCUCUAAUAAAGAGCUCUUCUCAUAUC